AUGACUCCAUCAGCCCAUCUCAAUCAGCGCUCACAACAGACGACAGAGCAUUCCCCAAGCAAUCAUAAGGGCGUUGUAUUUUCAGCCUCACAACUGGAGGCUCUCGAGCAAUUUGUAAAUUAUGUCAAAGCAAACCCUCAAAUCAUUCGAGAAGGUGAUGAAUUCAAAUUCUUUCGAGAUUUUCUAAUUCAUGAUUGUGGAGCAACUAAAUUAAUUGUAGAUCCAUGUCAACAACAUGCAAAAACAGAUCAGCCAUCAAGGCUUGUUGAGGAGAGACCCAAACAAAUACCAAAACAAUCAAAACCUUUGAUUUUGGAAGUUUCUGAGAAUGAUGAGGAAAUUUCAUCCUCUCAACAGCAACAAAAUGGUCUGAGUGACACCAACGAACCCUUAUUAAUUCCAUGUCAAACUAAAAUUUUAAAGUCGAAUUCGACACUACCAGAAGAACAACACACAAAUCUCUCUUCCUCUCCCCCUUCUUCGUCAUCUUGUGCAGCAAAGACAGCAGGAUCCUAUUCCGAGCUCAUGAAAUCUUCUUCUUCCUCUCUUGGUGGAGAUACGAAAUCUUCACAUGUUGGGGAGACUACUGCCGCUACCACCACUAUUUCUUCACCCACGUUGACGCUUGCUGAUUCAAAAUAUUUAAACAACAUGGGUCGAUUUGAGUUUGGAAUUUCCUCUUCAACAACAAAGAAUUCAAAACUUGCCAAUGAAUAUACGAGCAAAGGAAAUCAACUAUUGAAAGAAAAACAAUUCGAGUUAGCAGCAAUUCACUAUGGAAAGUCCAUUGAACUGCAAAAUGGAGAAUCUGCACUAUUAUUUAUCAAGAGAGCAGAAUGUAUGGCCAUGUUAAAUAAGCCUUUGAGUGUGAGAAGAGAUUGUGAUGCAGCCAUUACAUUAAAUCCAGAUGCAGGUAAAGCCUAUCGAUUAAGAGCGAAGGCUUAUUUUGUGUUGAGAAAAUAUGAACAAGCAAGAGAUGAUUUGGAAAUGAGUAAAAAGUUGGAAGAUGAUACAAGUGAAGCCAACAAAUUGUUGAAAGAGAUUGAAAAAGUAUUACCAAAUUCGACUCGUUCUUCAUCCAACUCUACCAGUAGUAGGAGUACUAUUGGAAGUACUAUUGGUACUAGAACUAGUAGUAGUGAUAAUAAUAGCGGUAAUAAUAAUGUUGAACCCUCUCAACCAUCAAGUGAGAAGAAAAAAACAGAGACAAUGUCGUCAUCAUCCUCCUCAACUCCAUCAGCUACUACUAGUGCUACUACCUCCUCAAUUUCACCACCCAUCUCCUCUUGCUCAACAACAACAUCCAAGAUGUCUCCACCAAACCACUCAAAACCAUCCAAUUCCAAUUCAGAAACAACUAGCCAAAACAAAAAUCAAAAGUCAACCAUUUACACCAAACCACAACCAGAACCAUCCAACAAGGAUAAUUCUACCAUUCCAAAUUUUGUAAAUCCUCAAGUCAUGAAGUUAGUGGCUCAAGAUGAAACCCUCAUGAGAGGUUUCCAAAAUCCAAGAAUUGUCAAUGCCAUUAAUGAAAUUGCUGUCAAUCCAAAUGCAUUCAUGAAAUACAAUAAUGAUCCAGAAGUUGUUACCAUGUUUAAGAAAUUUACACAAAUUAUUACAAAUUCAAAAUAA